AUGCACACAGAUUUAUCGCCACAUCUUCAUACACCACACUGCAACGAACUGAUUGAGGCGUUGAAAAAGUGUCACGAAGAACAUAAAGUCGGAAAAUUUGUGGGAUAUUGCAAUUCAUUCGAUAGUGCUGUUGUCAAGUGUUUGAAACAGGAACGUAUAGCUCGUUCAGCUGCCAACAGAGCUAAGGCACGUGAAAGACAAGCCGAACUAAAACGUAAACUAAUCGAAGAGGAACAAAACAUCUAAUACAUCAUGCAUACCGAU